UCUCAAACAGAUAUUUUCUCCUACUUCAAAAAAAAAAAAAAAACAACCAACAAAAUUUGAAAUCGAUCGAUCAAAGUUAUCACAGAUCCAAUAAAACAUGGUUGAGAGUGUCGGAAUAGAUCAAACAGAUACCGGCGGAGUUGACGGAAUCUCCACAGAUCUCUCUGAAGCCGAUUCUUCUCUGUUAUUCUCUAAAUCAGCACCACCAAAAGUUCCUCGCAGGCUUCAGAAGAGACUCAUGGAGUGUAAGAAUAGUUCUGCCACAACUGUUGAAGAAAUUGAAUCAAAGCUCAAAGAAGCCGAUCUCCGUAGACAACAAUUUCAUGCCUGGUUGUCCAACAAGGCUAGGACAACACAGAAAAUUUCUUCACAAUCUUCACCAUGUAAUGAAGAGCCUGGUCGACGCCUUGAAGCGAAGCUUCAUGCUGCUGAACAGAAAAGGUUGAGCAUUCUGUCAAAUGCUCAGAUGCGCUUAGCAAAAUUAGAUGAGAGGAGGCAAGCAGCUAAAAGUGGAGUGGAAACGCGUUCUGAGAGGCAACGUGAGGAACUUAGUGAAAAAGUUGAACUGAGAGUGCAACGGGCAGAAACAAACCGAAUGCUCCUCCUGAGGGCUUACAGGCAGCAAAAGAGUGCCACAAAGGAGAGGAAGGCUCACUCGUUGUUGCAGAGGAUGGUUCGUGAGAGGAGGUACAAGGAUUUUGUACAUACUGCCGUCAAUGAAAAACGUGCAGCCGCCGAGAAGAAGAGGUUGGGAUUGUUGGAUUCUGAGAAGAGAAGAGCAUGCAGUAGGGUAAUGAAAGUGCGGCGGGUGGCUAGGUCUGUUCGACACCAGCGAGAGAUUGAGAGAAGUACAAUGAAGGACCGCUUGGAAGAUCGGCUUCAGCGGGCUAAGAAGCGAAGAGCAGAGUAUUUAAGGCAAAGAGGAAGUCUUCAAAGUUUUGUUCAUGUUAAUGCGCAUAAGAUGCACAGGCAGGGCGAUUUUCUUUCAAGAAAAUUAGCAUGGUGCUGGAGGCGGUUCCUGAGGUUGAGGAAAACUACCUUUGCUUUAGCUAAAGAUUAUGAGGCGUUGGGAAUAAGUGAGAAACAUGUUAGACUGAUGCCAUUUGAGCAGCUUGCUCUUCAGAUUGAAUCUUCAGCGACAGUUCAGACUGUUAAAGUGUUAUUUGAUCGUCUUGAUAGCCGCUUUACACUGUCGCAAGCUUCUACUGUUACCAAUCGUACUUCUAGUUCAGGCAACAUUGAUCACCUACUCCAACAAGUUGCUCCUCCAAAGCAAAGAGGUCCACUUUCUAAUGCAAUCUAUAGCAGACCGGCAAGGAAAGGACCCAAAGGAGAUCCAUGUCCACCUAAGUUAUCAAGGUAUCCUGUCAGAGUAGUGCUCUCUGCUUUUAUGAUAUUGGGGCAUCCAGGUGCAGUUUUCAGUGAGCGUGGAGAGCUUGAAAUCGGUCUUGCCGAGUCCGCUGGAAAAUUCAUUAAGGAGUUUGAGGUGUUAAUGAGAAUUAUAUUAGACCCUCCCACUCAGUGUACCUACCAGGAGUCAGGGUCCACAUUGUCAAGUAAAUGGACCUUCAGAGAGCAGUUGGAAGCUUUUGAUGCCGCAUGGUGCUCCUAUCUUUCUCAUUUUGUAGCCUGGAAAGCUAAAGAUGCUAGUUCUUUAGAGGAGGAUCUCGUUAAAGCCGCUUGCCAACUAGAGCUAUCAAUGACGGAGAAGUGCAAAAUAAGUAUGGAAGGGGAUAAUGGUGUUCUUACUCCUGAUAUGACAGCUGUCAAAAAACAGGUCGCAGAAGAUCAGAGACUUCUAAGGGAAAAAGUGAACAGUCUUAGUGGUUUUGCUGGAAUUCAACGUAUGGAACGUGCUCUAUCUGAUGCGAGAUCCAGAUUUCCUAAAGCCAGUAAGGGUGCAAUUAUUUCCCAAGUUGCUCGUAGCUCAUCUGCAACUCCAUCCAGAUCUUCUGCUGCCCCUUCUUCAGUUUCUACUUCAAAUGAAGGAAGAAUACCAGUUGAUGUUGGUGAGAGACCGAGUAGUGUAGUUUGCUCCUUGUUUAAGACAGAUGCUUCUUUCGCUAUAAAGGAAGUUGGCUCCUCCACUUCGUCCAAGAGUAGUGAUGCUAGUCAUUCAGGUUCUCCGAGUGACAGGUUGGUUACAGAUAAUGAGAUUCUUGUAAAUGAGAUUGUCCAUGGGCAUCAGGGUUCUAUUGCUGACAACUUAAAUUCCAGUAACCGUGACCAUGAGAGUAUCAAGGCAAACAUAAAAGAUAUAAUGGAGAAGGCAUUUUGGGAUGGUAUCACAGAAUCUAUGAGGCAAGAAGAGCCCAACUAUGGCCGUGUAGUUGAUCUCAUGAACGAGGUAAGGGAUGAACUGUGUGAGAUUGCUCCUCAGAAAUGGAGGCAAGAUAUUCUUGACGCUAUUGAUCUUGAGAUUCUCGCUGAGGUGUUGGCCUCAGAAACGCAUGACAUGGUUUAUCUUGGGAAAAUUCUGGAGUUUGCAUUAGUCACCCUGCAAAAGCUUUCAGCUCCUGCUAACGAGGAUGAUAUGAUGGUUACUCACAAAAAGUUGAUGAAUGAGCUAGGAGAGAUUUUUCAAGCUGGAGAUAACUCAAAUGUUUCUUUUGUUAAUGCAACAGUCAAGGGUUUGCGCUUUGUUUUGGAGCAGAUUCAGGCGUUAAAGAGAGAAAUUAGCAAAGCACGUAUAAGAAUCAUGGAACCACUCAUAAAAGGACCUGCUGGUUUGGAAUACCUAAGAAAGGCUUUUACCAGUCGUCAUGGACUUCCAGAUGAUGCCUCAAAUGCUCUACCGCUUACGCUGCGGUGGUUUUCAUCUCUUCAAGUUAGUGCCCAUCAGGAGUGGAAAGAACAUAAUGAUUCCUUAUCCAGUUUAACUGCGAGAGGCGAUAGCUCUUCUCAGAACCUUUUUCCCAUGGUCACCCUUCGGACUGGUGGUAGUGUUUCUCUCUCAUCACAAAGCCAGCAGAUAACUUCAUCUCCCAAUAUACUAAAAGCUGCAGGUAUUCAACAACCAGAAUGCAAAGGAGAAACUAUUGAUCUCUUGGUUAGGCUUGGUGUGUUGAAGUUAGUUAGCGAGAUUGAAGGGUUAACAGAACAGAUUCUACCUGAAACCCUUAAACUCAACCUCUCAAGACUAAGGAUGGUUCAGACCCAACUUCAAAAGAUUAUUGUUAUUUCUACUAGUAUGUUGGUUUAUCGGCAAAUCCUACUCAGCGAGAACUUAACCGCAAGCCCCACAGAUAUGGAAACUAAAAUAACCACUUCUGUUAAGAAACUCUCUGAGCUCUUGGACCAUGUCGAGGACGUCGGUGUUACAGAGAUCGUUGAAACAAUCAAUGAGCUUUCGGAAGACGGUGAUUUGGAACUUCAAGAGAAGAAGAAAGUGAUGGCGAACAUGCUAACUAAGAGCUUGCAAGAAGGGAACGCCAUAUACACGAAAGUAUCUGGUGCUGUUUAUUUGGCAGCCAGGGCGAUUAUGCUUAGAGGAAGUGGAUCUCAAGGAAAAGAACUUGCAGAGAUGGCACUUCGACGGAUAGGAGGUGCUGGUCUCAUUGAUAGGGUAAUUGAUGUUGCAGAAAUCUUGACUGUGGUUGCACAAGUCACACGUAAUGUUCAUUGGUCGUGGUAUACCGAACUUCAAAAACUGGUCAUGAUUCCUUCAAUGUGAGGUAGAUCCCAUUAUUUCACAUUUGACAAGUUAAAAAAAAUCAAAUAGAUGUAAUCUUCAUUUUUUCCCACACCCAAACUGUGAUGUGUGAAACCUAAUAUAGUUGCAGAAUGCGUGCAAUGUUCCAUUACAAAAAACAAUGUGUGGAAAUGUAUUUUGAUUAUAAUAGCAAAAGAAGUAAAUAUACCCUUGUGUCUAAA